AAUUCAAAAUGUUCGGCUAUGUGAUGUUUUAAACAUUUUAAUAGAAUAAAUAAAUAUUCGAAUACUUCUUAAACCGAAGUGCAGAUUUUAUUUGGUUAAAAAUGCGGAGCAGUUCUGUGGAUCGCAGAUCAUCCACGAAUCCAGUGAGAAUAUCUAACUUUGAAAGGGAAGAGAAAAACUUGACGCGAUGUGAUUCACGGAGGACACAAACAUUAAAGCCGAAAAUUUCUAUUACCUCAGCUGAAAGUUCUCAUAUUCCCAGACCGCGAGUUCGAAGUUCAUCAUGCGACAGAGCGAGUAUUAAAGGAUCGAUUUUAAAAACGACUGGUAAAACACCACUUCGUCAUGGAACAGCAACUCCAAGGACACCAGUUACAAAUGUUGGCAAAAAUUCUGUUUUCCUUUCAGUUGGGAAUAACAGAAUUCAUUCAGUUCUUCCAACGGGACCCAGACCAUUAUCAGGUGAUCGUGUUAGCAGCUUGGGAACCAAAGGUUCCAGGAAAGAUACAAGACCUUUAACAGACAAAACAUAUCAGACUUAUAUGCUUAAUAAAAUAGAUAAAUUCUUUAAUAUAAAUCAACUUACUUCUUUGGUUAAUAGCAAUGGUAGCUUAAAACCCAUUACUUUGAAAAUGUUUGUAGAAGUUUCUGCUUAUUUAGUUAAAAUGCUGGACAUUAAACAAGUAUUGUCAAUUAACAAUUAUGUGGAAGAACUGCCAAAAAUUGCCAAGAAACUUCAUUAUCCUGGCAUUAUUACUAAGUCUUGGUUGAAAACAGCCAAUGCUAUGCAUUCCUGGCCCAAUGUUUUGGGCUGGAUUUGCUGGUUGGUGGGAAUUUGUGAAGUAAGGAUCAUAGCUUCUGAGAAGUACAGUUUAGAUAGUUUGCCUUUUAUGGGCAAUGAAAAAGAAGCUAAUAUUCAUAAGAAAACUUUCUUUUCAAUGCUUGAUUUUUAUAAUGCUUGGAAUGAUGUGAAACUUGAGGAGGAGGCAGCAAUGGUUGAGAAGUACUUACAGGAAAUUGGGGAUCAGCAUGGAGUCAAUGAAGAGGACUUGAACAAUGCACAGUUUGAGUGGGAGAAGGAAAUAGAAAAGUUUCAAGCAGAUGAAGAAAAAUCAAAUAAUAUUGAUGACGUAGUUAAACACUUGCAGGAAAUAUUUGCAUCCUUGCAAAAUGAUGAAAACAAGCAAUUAAACGAUUUCAUUGCAAAAGAGGAGUACAUCAAAACGGUUACCUUUGAUAUAAAUCAAAGAAAAAAAGAAUGCAAUGUACUGUGUGAACAAAUCCAUGUACAGAGUGUACAUCAUGAUGAAUUAGUUUCAGCAAUUAAGCAACAGCCAAUGUCCAAAGUAGAGAAAGACAAAGUCGUGGAAAAGUGCACAAAAAUUCAAGAUUAUAUGCAACAAUAUGACGAGCACUUACAAGAAAUACAAAAAGAAGUGUAUACAAUGGACAUCAAGUUAGCAUUGGUUAAUAACAAUUUAACAAAGGCAAUUUUAACAUACAACAAGGAAAUAUUUAUGCAACUUAGCAAUAAUAUGGGCGUUGAUUUGGAAGAAUUGAAAGUGCCGGAAACCGGUAUAUUACAUCCUCAAAUUAUGGAUGUGUUAAACAUGAAAGCUGGUUUAAUGAAUGAUCUGAAAGAAUUAAUAAAGAAACAAGUAACAGAGAAAGAACGUUUAAUGGAGUUAAAUUCUAAUGAAUUAGAAGAUCUUCAGGAGAAGAUGAAGGUGUUAGAAGAUGAGAGUAAUGAUGUUGCUGAUGCUAUCAAAGAAAAUAAAAAUCUAAUAAAUAAAAUUAAAACAGAUUCUAAGAAUGAAGAAACAAAAUUCAAGGAACAAAUAAAAGCACUGCAAAAUGAUAUUAAGGAGAUUCAAGAUUCAAUUCCAGAUAGGAAAAAAGUUGUGGUAGAGAUGGAAGAAACAAGAGAUAAAUUAAAUGCAGUACGCAGAAGGAAAGCAUACAUAGUAGAAUCUGCAAAACUUUUCUUUGAUAAAUUUUAUGAAAUUUUAAGCAGACAUAGAAGUGAACUUAAUAAGAUACUAACAAAGCUUAAUAUAUAUGAUAAUACAUGUAAUUAA